UUGAUGAGGUACGCCUCGUCAUUUUUGAGAUGGGCGUCCUUUUUAAUGACGAGCCACUACAUGGUGAGUGACUUGUGAUUGAUCAGGUACGCCGUCAUUUUUAAGAUGGGCGUCCUUUUUAAUGACGAGCCACUAUAUGGUGAGUGACUUGCGAUAGAUGACGAGGCCUAAUAUUUGACUGUCCUUUCUUUUUUAGCAAGCUAAGGACGCGGCUAGGGCGUCAGGGAAGAAGAAGGGGACGACUCUGUCCCAGCUGAAGAAGAGAGCUGUGCCGGCUGGCUCGGAGACUCCGAGUACCUUCAAGAAGCCAAAACCCCUACCUCGCCGUCUCGUGAAGAAAGACGAGUCGAAGGUUGCUGAGGGGGGAUGCCCUGAUGACGAAGAGAUGGGCGUGGACAAGCCGUCUCUGGUGGUGGACUUGGUGUCCAAAUCGAGGUCCGGUGGGCAUCCGGACGAGCUGGAGGACCCUCUUUCGGGAAUCCCGGCCGACGUCCGCUCUCAGAUACCGGCGGAGGUGGCCCGCCGAGCUAGGUCUUCGGGCGCCAAAGACAAAGGGAAGGAUGCAGCUGCUGCCGAGGAUGAGAACGUACCUGCUACUCCCCACUAUUCGUCAAAGGAUAGGGUGGCUAUAUGCCGCAAGGUUUUUAAGGCCGUCCCCGCAGAGUAUGUUGCUUCUCUUCCUGGCCGCAAGACUGACGCCCAGUUUGGUGCGAUCCAGGCCACUCUUCUCGACUUGUUCUGCCGCAUGGAAUUCUGCAAGAGUUGGAAGACCCGCACUGCUGAGGAGCUCAAAGCUCAGGUGGCUGAGUCCACCCACCAUGGCGACUAUGCGUUCAAGUCCAUUGAAGAGGUCCGCCUGCAGAUGCAGACGACCAUAGACCUUCAAGCGAAGGAGGUGGCUGCGUUGAGAUCUGACAAGGCCGAGCUGCUUAAGAAGAUCUUGGCGCAGGACAAGGACAUGGUGGCAAUGGUCGAGGAGGCCAAGACAGCGGCGGCGGAAAUACGGGCGCUUCAGGACCAGUUGCGGGAGUACCCUCAGGUCAAAGAGGCGGCUGAGGAAGCCGAGCAUCUUCUGAGAUUGCAGGUAUGCCACUUGCUAAGAGCCGUUGAGUCCCCUAUAGACUUAGUUCCUAGAAUGACGCAUAUAUCUAGAGCACCAUAUAGAAUGACAACUCCUGAAAUGAGUGAAUUGAAGACAUAG